ACGAGACUUUGCGACUAGGAGGCGGGAUUUCCGCUUCCGGCCACCGGCAGCUAUUUCCGUUUCCGGCCACUUGGCUUGUAAAGCGUGAAAGCGAGGAUGGACGGCUUGGUGGCUGUGUGCUCCGCGCGGUUGUUGCAGCAGGAAAAAGAGAUUAAGUCUCUGACUGCUGAAAUUGACCGGUUGAAAAACUAUACCUGCUUGGAAGCUUCUCCUAGUUUGGAGCAGUUGAAAGAAGAAAAUUUAAAAUUAAAGUAUCGACUGAAUAUUCUUCGAAAGAGUCUUCAGGCAGAAAAGAACAAACCAACUAAAAAUAUGAUUAACAUUAAUAGCUGCCUUCAAGAAAUCUUUGGUUGUGCUAUUAAGGCUGCAUAUCCAGGCUUGGAAAAUCCUCCUCUGAUAGUAACGCCAAGUCAGCAGCCCAAAUUUGGAGAUUAUCAGUGUAAUAGUGCCAUGGGUAUUUCUCAGAUGCUCAAAGCCAAAGACCAGAAAGUAAGUCCGAGAGAAAUUGCUGAAAACAUUACCAAACACCUGCCGAACACUGAAUAUAUUGAAAAAGUUGAAAUUGCUGGUCCUGGUUUCAUUAAUGUCCACUUACGGAAGGAUUUUGUAUCACAACAGUUGACCAGUCUUCUGCUGAAUGGAGUACAGCUCCCUGCCAUUGGGGAGAAUAAAAAGGUUAUAGUUGACUUUUCUUCUCCCAACAUAGCUAAAGAGAUGCAUGUAGGCCACCUCAGAUCAACGAUCAUAGGAGAAAGUGUGAGCCGCCUCUUCGAAUUUGCAGGAUAUGAUGUGCUCAGGAUAAACCAUGUAGGAGAUUGGGGGACCCAGUUUGGCAUGCUCAUCGCUCACCUGCAAGAUAAAUUUCCAGAUUAUCUGACAGUUUCACCACCUAUUGGAGAUCUCCAGUCCUUUUAUAAGGAAUCUAAAAAGAGGUUUGAUACUGAAGAGGAAUUUAAAAAACGAGCAUAUCAGUGUGUCGUUCGGCUCCAGAGUAAAGACCCAGAUUUUUUACAGGCUUGGAAGCUUAUCUGUGAUGUCUCCCGCCAAGAGUUUAAUAAAAUCUAUGAGGCAUUGGACAUUUCCUUAAUAGAGAGAGGAGAAUCCUUCUAUCAAGAUAGAAUGCCUGAUGUUGUGAAAGAAUUGGAAGAAAGAGGAUUUGUACAAGUGGAUGAUGGCAGAAAGAUUGUGUUUGUCCCGGGUUGCUCCAUACCACUGACUAUAGUGAAAUCAGAUGGUGGUUAUACCUAUGACACAUCUGACAUGGCUGCUAUUAAACAAAGACUGUUCGAGGAAAAAGCAGAUAUGAUUAUCUAUGUUGUAGACAGUGGACAAGCUAUGCACUUCCAGACAGUGUUUGCUGCUGCUCAGAUGAUGGGUUGGUAUGACCCUAAAGUAACUCGAGUGUUCCAUGCUGGAUUUGGCGUGGUGCUUGGAGAAGACAAGAAGAAGUUUAAAACACGUUCAGGUGAAACAGUGCGCCUCAUAGACCUUCUGGAAGAAGGACUAAAACGAUCCUUGGAUAAAUUGAAGGAAAAAGAGAGAGACAAGGUCUUAACGCCGGAGGAACUGAAAGCUGCUCAGACAUCUGUUGCCUAUGGCUGUAUCAAAUACGCUGACCUUUCCCAUAACCGGAUGAAUGACUAUAUCUUCUCCUUCGACAAAAUGUUAGAUGACAGAGGGAACACGGCUGCUUACUUGCUGUAUGCUUUCACGAGAAUCAGGUCUAUUGCGCGUCUGGCCAAUAUUGAUGAAGAGAUGCUCCGGAAAGCUGCUCGCGAGACCAAGAUCAUAUUAGACCAUGAAAAGGAAUGGAAACUAGGCCGAUGCAUUCUGCGUUUCCCUGAGAUUUUGCAGAAGAUUUUAGAUGACUUAUUUCUCCAUACACUCUGUGACUACAUUUAUGAGCUGGCAACUACUUUCACGGAGUUCUAUGAUAACUGCUACUGUGUGGAGAAAGACCGGCAGACUGGGGAAAUUCUGAAGGUCAACAUGUGGCGUAUGCUGCUCUGUGAGGCAGUAGCUGCUGUCAUGGCCAAGGGCUUCGAGAUCCUCGGAAUAAAACCUGUCCAGAGGAUGUGACCCUUAGCAUCCUUCUUAGGUUUGAACCCUGUGUUUUUACCGACGUGGCCAUUAGCACUGUUUGCUCUUUUUACAAAGAAAAAAGCACAUGUGCAGAUAAAACAAAACUAGUAAAGAUAAUUUCUCUAUCCAUGCAAAA